UAUUUUUAUUUUAAGGAGAAAACCAAUCUUUUGUUUCCUAUUCUUUUCAUGAAUCAAAUCAAAACCAUUUAUUUAAGUAAUCUCUCUCAGAAUAUAUUGAAACAUCCUUAACGUAGUAAUUCUUAACAAUAUAUUGAGACAUCCUUAUUACCUAAUUCUUCUGCGACCUGAACAACUCCACAAAAUUACCAAUGGAAAAAGUUGUUUGUCUCACUUGCGGCGAUAUAGGUUUUCCAGAGGUCAGGGUUUUUUGCAACAAUUGCAAGGAUUGUGCUCUUCAUAGGUACUGUUUAGACGGACCUGUGAUUUUUACCGAGGAAGUUAUAUGGUUAUGUGAGGAUUGUGACGAAGAAACAGGACCGUGUCCAAUGACUGACUCUGAAACUGAUGAUUCAAUAACAUCAGAAGAUGAUUUUAAGGCACGACCUAUUCUUGAUGCAAACUGGAGUGGAAAUUUGCGGUUUGGUGAUAAUACUAUCAAUGGACUUAUGGCCCAUUUGUCUGAUUUAGUAUGCCCCAAAGUUUGGAAGGAGACAGAACUUCUCCCGGAUGUGCUUUCGGCAGAUUUGCUACCCAGAUCAGAAGUUUGGCCUGAUAGCUUCAAGAAGGAUGGACCAACCAACAAGAAUAUUGCUCUUUAUUUAUUUCCCGAGUAUGAAGGACCAUCUAUGGAUGCCUUAGACAACCUGAUUGUUGAAGUCAUUCACGCCGAAGCUGCCCUAAGAGUCGUGACUGAAAACGCACAACUUUUAAUAUUUCCUUCCACCUUGCUUCCAAUCCAACAUCAGAAAUUUGAUUCUAAGAAUUACUUGUGGGGUGUCUUCAGAAAAAAGCAAACUUCAAAUGAGACAAAUUAUGUUGUGACUCAGUGUUGAUUCUAAGUAUUUUGAGUAGUGAAUAGUUUUAGUUGUAAUGCAUAGUACCCCUGUAGUGGUUAUAUGUAUGAUGAGAAUAUGAGAUGUUGUAAUGAAUUGUUAUUUACCCUUUUUAUUACUUAUUUGUGUAUUGUUUAAUCAUAUUCAGAGAACUUGUUGAGAUUUAAGAAUAAAUGAAGACCUCUAUUAUA